UUACAUACUACAAUAAAAAUUACUUUUUUUAUAUACAAUUAUUUUCAAUUAUUGUCCAUCUAAAGACAAAUAAAUUCGUCAAAAUGAUGCAACAGUACAUGAAAGAACUUGAACAGGAACCCUUUGAUGCAGAAGAAUUCGUCGAACGACUCGCUUGGAGAACUAUAAAUGAAACCAAAACCGAAGGCGAUGAAGGGGAUUUGAAUCCUACCUUUUUACAUGAUUCAUUCGUGCAAGCAAUUAAAGAUUUAACGUUGCUUCAAGAAAGACAGCAAAAGAAAUGCGAAAGGCUCGAAGGCGCUGUCAGAGAGGACGAGGCAAUGUUUUUUCAGGAAAUUUAUACUUUACUGGAACAAAACAAGCAAUCAAUGGACACAUUUCAAGAGCUGGACAGUAAAAUUAACCAUGUAGCCACAAAAGUCUUACAUUUAGGAGACCAAUUGGACAGUGUCAAUGGUCCCAGAGCCCGAGUAGUAGACGCUCAAAAACUGAUGACCCAUUUAAGUGAAUUUUUAUCAAAUGGUCCGUUAACCAGCUCCAUUUUCAACGAUCCCUAUAGAAUCGACGAAGCGGCUGACGUAAUACAGAAACUAUUUUUAAUAUCACAAGAUUUGCCUUCGCCCAAGUUUGAAAAUGUUAAAAGGAAAAUCGAAAGGACUUACUCGGAUAUUGAAAAGGCUUUAAUUGAAGAUUUUGUUAGGGCUAUGAGCAAAGAGGAUCUGGUUAGGAUGAGGGCUAUAGCUAACGUGCUGAGUCAGUUUAAAGGUUACAGCCAGUGUGUUGAUGCCUAUAUUGAUCAAAGUCAAGCAGGUUGUUUGUUGAGCAAAGACGUUUUCGCUCAUUUGGUUCCGCUUUGCAAGCACAACUACGAAAUUAUAAAAGAAGUUUUCAAUAGUCCAGAACAAGUAAUGGCUAAAUUUGUUCUGAACUUGUACCAGUUGAAAUUGGCUGAUUAUAUAGACUCCAGGCUAAGUGCUAAAGUUGGCAGCUACGGUUACUUGCAAAUACUUUAUGAGUUGUACUCAAAAACAAAUCAGUUUUCCAACGAAUUGAGCGUCUAUGAUUUGGGUAACGAUCAGAAUUAUUUGAGCAAAUUGACUACGAAGAUUUUUAAUAAAUAUAUCAGCGAUUAUGUGCAGAUUGAGUUGAAAUGCCUCAAAGAACGGUGCGCAGCAAAUCUGCAAAAGUACUACGAAGCCAAGAACCACCAGAAAAAACAAAUCCAAACCGGCGGUUUUCAGGAAUUGAGACGAGACUUGCAAGCAGUCAUCGGUACCAGAGCCAACAUAAAUAUCGCUCAGAUUGAAAACUAUGGCGGCGAGACAUUUUUGUCCGAGGAAUUGGCCAUAACAAUCCUGCAGGAUACCAAAAAUGCUUUUUUGCGAUGUCAACUUCUUUCAAAACCCGAAGAAAAAGCCACAAAUGCUUCAAAAAUCCUCAACACUUUAGUAAACAGCCUCCUUAUAGAACAUGUAGACUAUGCAGUUGAAUUAGGCCUACAAGCUGUACCUGUAGUAGAAGGUGCUAAAACAUCUCCAACUUUAUCCUUCUUCACUAUAGUUCAUCAAUGCAACAAUAUAACGCAUUUACUUGAAAAACAAUUCACCGACAUGGUAGUGCCCUUAAUAAUCAAUACUCAAUUCUAUAGUGAGAGCCUUCAAAAGAAAAAAUACGUCUUGGAGGACAUUGAGAGAAAAGUCAAUGUGGGCCUUGACCGAUGCCUCAAUGCAGUAGCUGCUUGGGUUAAAUUAUAUUUGCAAACUGAACAAAAAAAAGGUGAUUUUAAACCUGAAACUGAUGAUUUUGAUACAGUGUCUUCUCCUGCAUGCAAGGCAGUUUGUCAACACAUAUCAAAUAUAAUAAAACAAAUAAAAAGCAGCCUGGAUGGCAAUAAUGUAAUGGCAGUACUUGAAGAAUUGGGUGUCAGGUUGCAUAGAACCAUUUACGAUCAUAUGCUGCAGUUCCAAUACAAUACCGCUGGUGCAAUGGUUGCAAUUUGUGACUUAAACGAAUACAGGUCUUGCACUAAGUCAAUGGGGCCCUUGGUUACGGAGUUAUUUGAAACUUUACACGCUCUGUGCAAUUUACUUUUGGUAAAACCUGAAAAUUUACAUCAAGUUUGCUCAGAGGAUUCAUUGGUGAAUUUAGAAAAAUCUAUUCUACACAAUUUUAUACAGCUACGUAGUGACUUUAAGACCCAAAAACCCACAAUUUUUAAAACAUAACUUUAUAUUAAACCAAACUAUCUACAAUAAAUUAUUAUAACUACUCUAGAUUAGGGUAUUUUUUUAAUAGCACGUUCAAUUGCUUGGAUGUCAUUCUCUUUUCGCCGGGCGUCAAAAGUCCCUUCAUCUCUCUUUCGCUUCUCUGAUUCUUGUCGGUCAAAAACGAUGUGUAGCACUUUUGAAAUGAUUCCACCUCCUUGUGGCACAACUGCUGUUGAAACUCGUUGUCUUUCAAGCAGGAAAACAUUACGGACAUUUCGUGGAUGCAGCACACUUCGGAGAUUUUGCCCCCCUUGUUCGAUACUCCUUGUUUGAGUUUCAGGGGGACGCUGUAUUUGUAGGGCACCGGUUCUUGGGGCACGGCUCUGGAACGUUUGAUAAAGGCGAGCGGUGGAAAUAAACGCAUUGUUGUUAAUUUAAGGAAAUGGGGCCUUGUUUGUUAAUUUUAAAUAUUAUUUAUUUUAAAUUUUGAGGUUACGAUCAAAAAUCAAAAAGGCAGGGGCGGAGCAAGUAACCCUGAAUACUUCAUCAAAUGAUCAAAACCCAAGAAUC